UACUCGAAUCAAGUAACAGACCUUUACGCAUGCUUUGAUUUGUGCUGAAAGAUAGAGUUUCACGCAAAGAUUCUUCAAAAUUGAAUAUUUGUAAGAUUCAAAUUCUGCUCAUACAAACCUGAUGUGGUACGACCCAAAGUUCGACUGACUUCAAGUCAUCGCCACAGCAAUGACCCCUGUGCUAAGAAAGCUAGAAGGUCAAUGAUCCGCAGGUCGUUUUCCCAAAGUGCACCACGUGCUACUGAGUCAUCUAUUACCUAACAAAACAAGUUUGCAGAGCGGAACAAAGGUUGUGGUUUUUUGUGGCACACGCUCGUCAUUUGUUUAGUUGUCUUCAUAUUACAAGACAUGUAAACUGUGGAAACUUCAUACCUGAGAGUUUGAGACACUUUCGGAUUUAGGUCACUUCCAAGUAGCCUCUCAAACAACGUCCGCAACGCCAUGGAGAUCAUAUCGCAGUACGUACUGUUGUGUGUGCUGAUAAGUCUGACAGUUUACGGAACCGGCGCGGAGAAGGUUCUGGUGGUGCCGCCGAUCAUAGGGGGCAGCCUCUGGUUCCCCCUGGCGUCAAUCGGCCAAGCCUUGGCGGGGAGGGGCCACGACGUCACCGUUGUUGUCUCUCAGGACAUCGUGGACAAACGUCGCGCCGAGAGACCCAACCUACGGUUCGAGUCGUUCUUUGACCAGGGAAGCCGUGCGCGGUACGAAGCCAGCUUAGACAAGGCAAGUGAAAUGUUCCAUGAGUCUUUGUUCCGUGAGUUCCAACACUUCCAAGAGAGGUUCAAAUUUAUGGCUGAGCACUGCGAUCUAUUGCUGGGAGAUACUGACUUGAUGGGGAGGCUGAAACAAGCACGUUUUCAGGUUGUCGUGUCACAGCCGUUCUUUAGCCAGUGUGGAGUCAUAGUCGCAGCUCACCUGGGCGUUCCCCACGUUGCUGUCUUGCGUAGUGACCGCACACAAUAUGACGCCUUCGCCACAGGUGUGCCCCGGCCCCGGUCCUAUGUACCGUAUAUCUUGUCCAGUUUUACCGACUGGAUGACUUUCUCACAGCGGGCACAGAACCUUAUCAUGUCGUGUGCAGUGCCUGUGGUGUUUGAGUGGAGCGUGGGACGUAUCAAGUAUGACUUGGUGAAAAAGUACCUCGGCGAGGAGGAGACUCCCCUUGGGGUUUUGGCGAAGACAGAUGUGUGGCUGUAUCAAACCGACGUUUUGCUGGACCUCCCGAGGCCGAGGAUGCCUAACAUGGUGGACGUCGGAGGAAUAAACUCCCAAGAGGCCAAUCCACUUUCCGAGGACUUAGAGCUGUUCAUGCAGGGUUCUGGCAGUGCUGGGGUCGUGGUGGUCAGCUUCGGCUCACAGGCCAAGACCAUCAACCUUGAAAGGGCAGAGGUCAUGGCAGCAGCCUUCGCGCAGCUCCGACAGAAGGUGGUCUGGCGGUACACGGGAGAGAAGCCGGCCGGGCUGGGCAACAACACCAAGCUGAUGAGCUGGCUGCCGCAGAACGACUUACUGGGUCACCCGAAAACCAAAGCCUUCGUCACCCAUACCGGAGGUAACGGUAUGUUCGAGGCCCUGUACCACGGGGUGCCCAUGGUCUGUACACCGCUGGGCAAGGACCAGCGCGGCAACGCGGCUCGGGUAGUCUCCAGGGGGCUGGGAGUGAGGCUAGACUUCAACACGUUCGCAACAGAAACAUUUUACCAGGCCAUUAUACAGGUUCUAACUGAUAAAAGCUACCGUGAGACGGCAGCCCGCCUGUCCCGUCUGCACCGUGACCAGCCCCAGUCACCCAUGGAGCGGGCCGUCUGGUGGAUAGAACACGUCAUCAAACAUGGCGGACUGCCCCAUCUCCGCGCACGCGCCGUGGAGCUGCCGUGGUACCAGUACUACCUGCUGGACGUGGCUGCCUUCUUGUUGGCCCCUCUCGACCAACGUCCGGAUUUUUCCAACGCCAUGGAGAUUGGGACGCAGCAUGUAGUGUUUUGUGUGAUGAUAAUUCUGACAGUUCACGGAAGCAGCACGGAGAAGGUUCUGGUGGUGCCGCCCGUCAUAGGGGGCAGCCACUGGUUUCCCCUAGCGUCAGUCGGCCAGGCCUUGGCGGGGAGGGGCCACGACGUCACCGUUGUUGUCUCUCAGGACAUCGUGGACAAACGUCGUGCCGAGAGACCCGACCUGCGGUUCGAGUCGUUCUUUGACCAAGGAAGCCGUGCCCAGUUGGAAGCCAACACAGCUCAGAUAGAAGAAGCGUUUAAUAAGUCCGUCUUCAAUGUUUUGCAACACCUCCAAGAGGGGAUGAACUUUAUGGCUGAGCACUGUGAUCUGCUGAUGGCAAAAGCUAACUUGAUGGGGGGGCUGAAACAAGCACGUUUUCGGGUUGUUGUGUCACAGCCGUUCUUUAGCCAGUGUGGAGCCAUAGUCGCAGCUCACCUGGGCGUCCCCCACGUCGCUCUCCUGCGUGGUGACCCCUCGGGACUUAACUCCUUCGCAACAGGGGUGCCCCGCCCCCCGUCCUAUGUACCGUAUAUCUUGUCCAGUUUUACCGACCGGAUGACUUUCUCACAGCGAGUGCAGAACCUUGUCGUGUCAUGCUCAGCGCCUGUGGUGUUUCAGUGGAUCGUGGGGCGUAUCAACAAUGAUCUAGUGAAAAAGUACCUCGGCGAGGAGGAGACUCUUCUGGGGGUUUUGGCGAAGACGGAUGUGUGGCUGUAUCAAACCGACUCUUUGCUAGACCUCCCGAGCCCGAGGAUGCCCAACAUGGUCGACGUCGGAGGAUUACACUGCCAAGAGGCCAAUCCACUUUCCGAGGACUUAGAGCUAUUCAUGCAGAGUUCUGGCAGUGCUGGGGUCGUGGUGGUCAGCUUCGGCUCACAGGCCAAGACCAUCAACUCUGAAAGGGCAGAGGUCAUGGCAGCAGCCUUCGCGCAGCUCCGACAGAAGGUGGUGUGGCGGUACACGGGAGAGAAGCCGACCAGGCUGGGAAACAACACCAUGCUGAUGAGCUGGCUGCCGCAGAACGACUUACUGGGUCACCCGAAAACGAAAGCCUUCGUCACCCAUACCGGGUCUAACGGUAUGUACGAGGCUCUGUACCACGGGGUGCCCAUGGUCUGCACACCGCUGGGCAAGGACCAGCACGGCAACGCCGCCCGGGUAAUCUCCAGAGGGCUGGGAGUGAGGCUAGACUUCAACACGUUCACAACAGAAACAUUUUACCAGGCCAUUAUGCAGGUUCUAACUGACAGAAGCUACCGUGAGACGGCAGCCCGCCUGUCCCGUCUGCACCGUGACCAGCCCCAGUCACCCAUGGAGCGGGCCGUCUGGUGGAUAGAACACGUCAUCAAACAUGGCGGACUGCCCCAUCUCCGCGCACGCGCCGUGGAGCUGCCGUGGUACCAGUACUACCUGCUGGACGUGGCUGCCUUCCUGUUGGCCGUCUGUUCAGCUGUUCUUGUGCUCAUCUGUUGCAGCUGUUCUCUCGUCUGUCGAAAGAUUUGUCGUAAAAGAGGCGGCAAGCUGAAGUCUCAGUAG